UCAGCCGUCCAAUUUAAAAAAUUAUAUUAGUAAAAUGUCUUAAGACUACAUUAGAAUUAUCUAGUUUAAUAUGUAAAAAUUAUUUCAGUUCCAUACGGAGUACAAAUUGGAGUGAAGAUAAGCAUCGAUCUUAGUUCAAGUCUUCUAUAUAUAAAAACUGCAAUACCUAUGCCUAACAUAAACUUUGCACUUUUGACUAACAUAUAAAAUGUGUAGACUAUGGAGCUCUUACUGAAGGAAAAGAGGAUGGAGAAAAACGCAAUCAACACUAAUGGCUUAACAGCAAUGGACAUGUACAUCCAAAGUAAGAAAGACCCUCGUGAUGGCGGUAUUUGGUUAGCCUUAAGGCGCGCCAAAGUGUUAAAGGCAAAAAAAUUGCUGAAACCUAAAAAAAGCAUUAGCGAUUGGAUAGAUAAGCAACGUACUUCCCUUAUGUUGGUGUCUUCACUGAUAGCCACUAUGGCUUUCCAAGCCGGAAUCAACCCUCCUGGAGGCGUAUGGCAAGAUAACGAAAAUGGUCAUACGGCAGGUACUUCGAUAAUGGCAGGUAUCGAGAGUAGCCUAUACGAUGCAUUCCUCGUCUCCAACACAAUAGGACUAGUCUCAUCUUUAACUGUCAUAGUUCUUCUUAUAAGUGGACUCCCUUGUAUGAGACUCGUCAUGGGACUUUUGAUGUUCACCAUGUGGAUCGCGGUUACAUCAACAACCGUGACCUACAUCGUCUCUAUUUACAUCAGCAACCCUGAGAGCCGUAAGUCCUUUAUAACUCUGAUGUCAGGCAAUACUGAAGUUCUAAUAACGAUAAUUAUUGCGAGUGCUACUACUUGGAUAUUCUUGCUAGGACUACUCGUCCUCGGGCAUGUCAUUCGUCUAUUAUACAAGUUGAUCAAGCAAAUAGUACGGCUGGUGAUAGGAUGAGUUAGACGUUGUUGCCCUAGAUACCGUCCACCAGUAUAAAAUAUUCACUUGUACAUAGAUGUUUUAUGUACAACAAAUUUCGACAUAUUAGUGUACUAUAUAUAUACUACUGUAAACAUAUGUUUAUUUAAAUUUUCUUUAUGGAGGCAACUGUAUCAAGCAUGGUACAUCCGAAUUUACAAAGGCGGAAUGAGCAUAUAGUUGUUUUAUAAAGAACAUAUAGUUGUUUUGUAAAGAACAUAUAGCUGUUUUACAAAGAAUAUCCAGCUUUAUGUUCUUUUUGUAUAUCUAUCCAUAAUAUUA